AUGGGGAAACCACGGAUGAUUAUUCUCGUCCGCCACGCGCAGUCUGAGGGAAACAAGAACCGCGAAAUUCACCAGACUAUCCCCGAUCAUCGGGUCAAGCUCACGGCCGAAGGACACCGUCAAGCACAGGAGGCAGGCAGCCGACUACGGGACCUGCUUCGGCCCGAUGAUACUCUGCACUUCUUUACUUCUCCUUACCGUCGGACGAGGGAGACCACCGAGGGCAUUUUGGAGUCACUAACCUCGGAUACUCCCUCUCCUUCGCCAUUCCCGCGGCAUACUAUCAAGGUCUACGAAGAACCACGACUACGAGAACAAGACUUUGGGAACUUUCAGCCAUGUUCUUCAGAGAUGGAACGCAUGUGGAUGGAACGAGCCGACUAUGGCCACUUCUUUUACCGCAUCCCUAAUGGCGAGUCUGCUGCGGAUGCCUAUGACCGAGUGAGCGGGUUCAACGAAUCUCUCUGGCGGCUGUUUGGUGAACAGGACUUUGCGAGUGUUUGCAUACUUGUCACCCACGGUCUCAUGGCGCGAGUUUUUCUAAUGAAGUGGUAUCAUUGGAGCGUGGAGUACUUCGAGGACCUCCGCAACAUCAACCACUGCGAGUUUGUGGUCCUGACGCAUAACCCAGAAAAUGGCAAGUAUGCGCUACAGAACCGACUACGCACCUGGUCCGAUUUACGCAAGGAGAGGGACCUUGAGCGAAACCGCGAGCGCGCCAUGAACGGGCUGGGUCCUACCCCCAUCACGCCAUCGGAACACGCUCCGAUCAGGAGAAAAUGGGGAGGCUGUCCUGAUGGAUGCACGCACGGCAUGUCUGCCGAUGUAAAACGAUCGCUGCGGACAAGCCUGGUAGAAUCCAUGCGUCAUGACAGCGGCCAUCCACUCGGCAAGCCAUCUGAUGGCAUGGCGCACCGCAAUGGUCAUCAUCAUCUCCCCCAUGAGCAUGCGCCAGCUGCACCGACUUCUCUUCGUUCCUCUUCGGUUCCGCCCGAAUCUAACGAAGAACCCCCUCGCUCAACAAACUGGAACUUUUCCUCCCAGAUUACUACUCCCUGUCCCAGUCAACGAGGAAACAACCAUCAGUCCGAUGCGGUGGACGGGGACGUCAGUCCCCGCACGAAGCCGCGCGAUUUCACUGAUCCUCGCCCAACCGUCGCUUCAUCACAUCCGAAACGGCCUCAGCUGCAUGGUCUGAACCGAGACAGCGAAGACUAUCUCCUCCACCCGCCCACUUCGUCCUCAUCUUCUGCGUGUCUGAAAUUUGCUCUUCUGCACCUGGGCGGCCGUGACGGAGGCGGCUCUAUGAGUGGAGCCAACAGUCUUGCCCCGUCCGAUGAUGAGGGCGAUGACCAAGAUCAUCAUGCUCCGCCACCCACAUCUUCCGGUCCUACAACUGGUUCUCGGGCCCUCCCACACCCACGCUCUGAAUCAGCGUCCCAUUUUCACUCCCCUUUGGUACCGCACCCUCAAUCUCAACCACCGCCACCCUCACAGGAGUUUGAAGACGAUGGCGACGACGAGAUGAGCGCGAAUCCCACCGAAACAUCUCGGAGAUCCCGUUCGCAUCAUCUCCCUCACCACCAUCAUUUUCAUCAUCAUCACCAUCAUCACCACCGCCAGCCGCACCCCCAUUCUCAGGCCCUUCCAUAUCCCAACCAUCACCAUCACCAUCCCUCCUCGGUCGUCCCGCAGUCUGAGUCUCGGAUGACCAAUAUUCUCGGCGACGGGGACGAGUCACAGGAAUCACCUUCAAAACAGUGGAGUACCGAGUAUCAGUCUCAGCCUGGUUACCACCAGCAGGAAGACUCAAAAGAAAAGUUAUCUCUGGAGGCUCAGCAACGAGAAGACCAGAGUAUCCGAGGAAGUGUCUACUGA